UCUUUCUCUUUACUCUCUCUGUAUCGCGACGGCGAUAACCUUUGAGAUUCAUCAAAACCUUUGAGAAACCUUCAUCAAAUUGAAGAUUCUGCAACGCGAAGGCCAUCUUUAAGUGUAUCACCUUCCGAAACCUCCAAUUGUAAGAGGUUUCGCAAGAGCAUGGGCCACGACUACAGCUACUCUCAGCCUGAUUCCUCAGAUCAGGCUGAUGUAUACUCUGAUGACACCGACGACAGGGAAAUAGCAGCUUUGAUACGGAUGGAUGAGGCCGAGAGUACUCGAGAAAAUGAUCAAGCGAUGCAAUACCCUCCCCAACCUGAGGUUGAGUUCGGAUUUCCGAAGGUAUGCUACUGUGGUGGUCAGCCUCUACUAUCCUCAAGCUACAACAGAAGAUACUACACAUGUGGGAAUGUUGAUGAUGGAGAGAUGCAUAUUCACAAGUGGUGGGAUGUAGCUGUCAUGGAAGAGAUGGACAGACAAUGUCAAGUGCUGUCUGAGAAAGUAGAUUGCCUCACACUCGCAGGUGACUAUGACUCGCACAUCAGUAAUGAAACCGAGCAGAAAAUACUCAUGUUAGAGAAGGCAGUGAUAGAGCUACGGAAGACUAGAAAUAAGAUUAGAAAUGGGCCAGAAUUGAUAAUCGUAAUUGCUAUUGUUGUAUUUUUAAUAUGUAUGUUGGUGAUGUCUAUGAAAUUGUAAUGACAUUGUAAUGACUAAGUUUGUG